GGUUGCAGACACAACUCCCACAUUCCCGCGGGACGGGUGCUGUAUAUCUACCCUAUCUCAUACCCUGUGUAGUGCCCGGCGUCCCAGCAAAGUCUUUCUAUCUCCCUGAUUGCUCAAAACUCUUUGUGUUGUCUUUUUUCGCGUCGUUUAAGCGUCAUGGAGUACCUCAGAAAGAAAGUAACGGACGGCAAAGAAGCAAUAGCCACGGAUACCACUCUUCUACGCACAGCACGUUAUGGUGAGAAGGCUGUUCGCGCAGCUCCUGCCGUGGCCGGACAGUACCUACUCCAAAAAGCUCCCAUCAUUCAAUGGCUUCCCAGGUACGACCCGCGAUGGCUACUCAAUGACACAUUGGCUGGUAUCACGGUCGGUGUCCUACUCAUCCCUCAAUCUCUGGCAUAUGCAAAAAUUGCCACUAUCCCUGGACAAUAUGGACUCAUGUCUAGUUGGCUACCAAACUUCCUAUACCUCAUCAUGGGCACUUCCAAAGAUCUUUCGACUGGGCCUACCUCGCUCAUAGGCCUCUUGACCGCCGAGAUUAUUGCAGAUGUUGUCAAGGACGGAUACUCGCCGCAGGCCAUUGCGUCUGCUGUUGCCAUGUCAGUAGGCAUAUACGCCAUGACUCUUGGUCUGCUCAAACUUGGAUUCCUGUUAGAAUUCAUCUCUGUACCAGUUUUGAGCGGAUUCAUCUCGGCGGCUGCAAUCGUUAUUAUGCUCGGUCAAAUCCCUUCCUUAUUCGGCAUCUCUGUAGGAUCAGGAACCGCACAUAUCAUACACGAUCUCUUUGCCAAAAUACCCCAGUACGACGGCCCAACGUGCGGAGUGGGUCUCGGAGGUCUGCUCAUGCUCUACCUUAUGCAAAAGAUGGGGCAGCGUUGGGGUAAGAAGAGCAAGGCUAUCUGGCUGUUGGCGCUUGGUCGAAGUGCAGUGGUCUUGGUUCUGUUCACCGGUAUCUCGUACGGCGUGAACAAAGACAGGAAGAAGAAUCCCGUCUGGGCACUUAGCAAGGUGCAGUCAAACGGUAUUGCACCGCCUCGUAUGCCUGACUCGACACUCAUUAGCAAAGUAUUUGCUCGAAGUAUCGCACCAUUUAUCGCUGCCGCUCUGGAGCACCUCGCCAUCGCCAAAGCAUUUGGAAGGAAGAACGGCUAUGUGACGGACCCUGCCCAAGAGCUUGUCUAUCUUGGCUUCACCAACUUUUUCAACUCUUUCUUCUCCUCCAUGGCCGUCGGUGGUGCGAUGUCGCGCACUGCAGUAAACUCGGAGUCUGGUGUCAAGUCACCCGUGUACGGUCUCAUCGCUGGUGGUGUUGUCAUCCUCAGCAUCUUCAAGCUUUCCCCGGCAUUAUACUGGAUCCCUAAAGCCACUUUAGCUGCAAUCAUCGUGAUGGCAGUCUGGCACAUUGUGGUACCUCUCAGGGUUUUCUACGGCUACUGGCGUACGUCGCUCGUCGACUUUACUACAUCCAUGCUUGCCUUUUGGCUCACUCUCUUCGUCUCUUCUGAAGUUGGGAUUGGUACGGCGGUCGGUUUCAACAUCGCUUACCACCUCCUCUUCCAGGCUUUCCACCGUGUACGUCGCGUCACCACUAUUGACGUGGAGGCCAAUAAUCGCCCGACUGGCAUCCACGCCAUCCCGCUCCACACACAAGUCUUUAGCAUUUCACAAUCUAUGCUCUUUUACAACGCUUUUCACAUCAAAAACCAAUGUCUCGACACAGUGCAGACGUACAAUUCCGGUGACCUCACGACGUUGGAGACUGCGCGGGCGAACCGUACCUGGAGCGUGGCUGGUAAAGACCGCGCCAACCGUCUACGCAACCAAGCAGGGAUCUUUGACGAGCCCAUGCAGAUACGCAACGUGGUGCUUGAUUUGCACGCCAUGCACAACAUUGACACUACCGGUUUGACUGCGCUGAAAGACCUGAAAGCAGAUAUCGAAGCAUAUGGUGGUAAGAACGUACGACUACGGCUUGUCGGUCUCAAUGAGCGGGUGCGAGAACGCUUUGUGAGAUUUGGUUGGACCCUAAUCAAUGCAUGUGAUGCUGGGAAGGAGGGAAAGAAGGGUACAAUUGUGUAUGACAGUGUGGAGGAAGCGGUGUUCAGGCGAACCAGAACCUUCUCCACAGACGAUAUUGAGGUUGAGCCUCUAGAGGUACACAUUGUGGGCGAAAAAGAAAAAGAUAUGGUUUAGAUGCGGGUGCAGUUUCUUGUAGUUUAGACCAUUUUGGGGCUUGAACUGCGUUGCGACAUCUUUGGGCUCGGUUUUUCACUCGUUAUAUAUACCCGUCUCUGUUGUGCAUAGCACAACGUAGUAUUACACUUAUCAUUUGCAAUCGCGAUAUAUAGGAUUUAUUGUCGUAUCAUGUUGGGGACUACUUCCCUUCUUCAGUUGUCUGAUUCCAUCAAUACCUGCCAGAGGCUGAAUCCGAUAGCAACCCGUUUUACUAUCUCGUAGAGGUUCAAUACACUCUCAUUCAUCAAC